AUGUCCCCGUUCGCGGUGGACGUGGGCCAGGAGCAGAGCCCGGGCUCGGGCCAUGCGGCCGCAGGGCCGCGCUCUGCGGCUCUCAGCGCGGGCUUUGCACGGCUGGUCGGGGAGAUGGACGCCGAGCUGCGCGUGGAGCUCAACUCGCGCAUCAAGCUCUUGGCCACCGAGCUCCGCAGCGAGAUCCUCAGUGAGGCUGCGGCGAAGGUCGCUGGGCUGGAGGCGAAGGCCAGCGCUGCCGAUGCCAGCUUGCAAUCCAGACUGCAGAGGUUGGCAGAAGACGUGGCCCUUUGCUUGUCGUCCAGGGAGGAGAGCCUCCAACUUGUGCAGAAGGUCUCCAGCCUGGAGGGCGACGUGAAAAUGAACUCGGGCAUACUGAGCGCCUUCCUGGACGAGCAGAGGAAGAAGGCCACUGUGACCGCGGUAGACGAGGUCGAGGCGGCUGUGCAGCUGGGGAUGUGUGUAGACCCGCGGGCCCCCAACCAGUCCAGGACUCCACCUGUGGCUCCGACGCAGGAAGGUAUCGGGCACACUCGGCCCAGCAGCGUCGGCCGCUCUCUUGCCAGUCACGGUCGGGACGCAGAGGCCGGGGGCGCGGAGGCAUCCCGCCCUGGGUUCGCGGACUACCCUGCCAAGGACAGGCUCCAGGGGCUGAUUUCCGCGAUCGACAGAGAGAGGUCCAUCGACAACGCACUGGACAAGCUCCAGAGGUCCACUUCCUUGGGGCCAGGCGCCAGGACAGAGGAUGAAAUGCCCGAGACGCGGGUAGCCGACUCAGCCUCGACGGUGCAACACCACUCGGGGCAGCAUGUGGAAGAUCCCCUCCACGCUUCGCGUGGUAAUUUCUCCGUGGCUUCGGUGGGCAACCCCCAGGGCACCUCCGCCAACGUGGCGGCGCCUGUGCGCAGGGACCAUCACGACCAGAGGCGCGCGGCGCUUGCGGACGGCACCGACAUGGCUACGCAGUCGUGGCCCGGAGCCGAGGCGCGCUGCUCGCAGAGCCCGGGUGCCGGUGCGGCGCCUUCCUCCGCAGCUCAAGCGGGGCAGCCCGCUUGGCACGGCGGCGUGCAGUGGCCGCUGCGCGGCAGCAUGCUGGCCGCGGCGCCCGGGCACCCCGUGCCGGGGCAGCCCGUGGCUGUGGGGCAGCCCGGCGCCCAGGCUGCGCCACCGCCGCGGCGUUCGGUGCAGCAGCUCGGCGGGUGCCCCGCGCAGGCAGGGCUGCAGUCCCGGAUGUCCGGGGGGGUGCCGCUGCGCGCGAGUGCAUACCCCGGCCCGAGCGGCUACACGAUCUACAGGUAG